AAUUCAUACAUGGGGAACUUGUUCAAAAAUUUGUCGAACGCUAUUUAUGGUUUUACCCACGAAAUUGUGCCGAGUUCAAUUCUAGCGGAAUCUACCACGUAACCCUCCCCAACUUUAGUAGUCAACCCUUUAAAGUUGCCUGCGAUGCGGAAACUCAAGAAGGUGGCUGGACGAUUAUAAUGAGGAGGAUAGAUGGAAGUGUCAAUUUUUCCCGCAACUGGAAGGAAUAUAAAAAUGGAUUUGGUGAUUUGGAUGGCGAGUUCUUCAUGGGUCUAGACAAGAUUCAUGCAAUGACUGCGGAGAGACCUCAAGAGUUACUUGUUCUUCUGGAGGACUUUGAGGGAGACAAAAGAUUUGAGAAGUACGAGAAAUUUGCAAUUGGCAGUGAAGAUCAACAAUAUGAACUACACACUUUGAGCAAAGGCAGUGGCAACGCUGGUGAUUCAUUCUCCGAGCAUCGUGGCAUGAAAUUUACCACAUAUGAUCGGGAUAAUGAUCUAUCGUCGGGAAACUGCGCCAGGCGCGGCUCUGGUGCCUGGUGGUACAAACAUUGUCAACACAGCCAAUUGACAGGAACCUAUGAAGACAACAGAUUUGCCAGGGGCGUAAUUUGGGACAGAUUUCGAGGGGAUGAGUACUCCCUGAAAACAGCCAUAAUGAUGAUUCGGCCUAAAAAGUGA